GUACUCAACAUUUUUUUUCUUGGACAAUAUUUUUCUGUAGCUUGCUCUCAUGCUCAGAGCGAUGGAAGCCCUGUCUUCCUCUUUCCUUGCAACUCCAUUAAUAAUGUUUCCUCCUCGUCGCUCAUCUCUUGAUUAUGAUGUUUCCUCAUCAUUUAGGUUUAGUGCAAAGAGCUCUCAUCAUCACCCUAACUAUUUCACUCCCAACUCCUCUAAUAAGCUGAUAAUUCACACUGCUCAAACACUUGAUCAAACUCUCAAGAACAAACCACGGCCUGUAGGCCGCAAGAUCAAGAGAAAGCACUCCUCCUCACUUGCCAUUAUCUUCAAAACAUUAGAUGAUCUCAUAUGCAACUUUCUUGACUUACCCCUUCGACAUUCUAUCGAUCCCAAGCGUGUUCUCUCGGGCACGUUUGCACCGGUGGAUGAACUCCCCCCGACCCCCUGUGAGGUGGUGGAGGGCUCCCUCCCUAGUUGCUUAGACGGUGCAUACAUUCGCAAUGGCCCCAACCCUCACUUCAUCCCUCGAGGUCCUUACCAUCUCCUUGAUGGUGAUGGGAUGCUUCACAUGAUUAGAAUCUCCCGAGGUGAAGCCACGUUUUGCAGCCGCUAUGUCCAGACUCACAAGUACAUGAUAGAGCAAGAGAUCGGGUACCCAAUUUUCCCCAGUGUUUUCUCAUCCUUCAAUGGUUUCGGAGCUUCCAUCGCUCGUUCUUUCUUAACCCUCGCAAAAAUGCUUACUGGGCAGUUCGAUCCAAUAAGACAUGGCUUUGGCGUGGCGAAUACUAGCCUUGCUCUCUUUGCUGGCCACCUUUUUGCUCUCUGCGAAUCCGAUAUUCCCUAUGCAAUAAAAGUUACACCAGAUGGAGAUAUAGUCACCAUCGGCCGCCACGAUUUCCAGAGAAGCAGCAGUGAGUGGUUCUUCAGGAUGACGGCACAUCCCAAAAUCGACCGGGAGACGGGGGAAGCCUUUGCCUACCGGUUCCACCCUUUAUGGCCGUUCCUGACGUUUUUCAGAUUCGACUCAGAGGGAAAGAAACACAAGGAUGUCCCAAUGUACUCCGCGGAUGGACCGACACUUACUCAUGACUUUGCAGUUACCAAAAGCUACGCCAUAUUUCCUGAUGUACAGAUAGUCAUGAACCUGUUGUGGAUUCUGAGGGGAAGAUCACCAGUCGGAGUUGAUCCCUGUAAGGUGCCACGACUCGGAAUUAUCCCGAGAUAUGCAGAGGACGACAGCGAAAUGCAGUGGAUUAAUGCGCCGGGAUUCAACAUGUUGCAUUGUUUCAGUGCAUGGGAAGAGGAUGGGGGCGAUAUAAUUGUGAUAGUGGCUUCAAAUGCUGUCAAAGUUGAGCAGGUCUUGGAGAGGAUUGAACUGGCGCAAUUGACGAUAGAGAAGCUGACGAUAAAUGUGAAGAGCAAGAGCUUGCAGAGGCAUCCCUUGUGCACCAGAGUUCUUGAUUUUGCAGUCAUAAAUCCAGCUUAUGCUGCAAGGAAGACCAGGUACAUAUAUGCAAGUAUAAUCGAGUCAAAGUCGUUGGUUGGUGUGGUGAAACUAGACUUAUCACUAACCAUGGUUGAUGGUGGCGACUGCACGGUGGCUAGCCGCUUCUAUGAGCCAGGCUGGUGUGGUGGCGAACCGUUUUUCGUGGCCGGGGAUCCGAACAAUCCGACAGCCGAGGAGGAUGAUGGUUAUUUAUUAACUUAUGUACACAAUGAGAAUGUUGGGGAGUCCAAGUUCCUGGUAAUGGAUGCUAAAUCCCCUAAGCUUGACAUAGUUGCCGUUGUUAAGCUGCCAUGUUGGAUUCCUAGUGGCUUCCAUGGCAUCUUUCUGUCUGAAUCUGAUCUCAACAAACUUUAAGAAUUUAUCGCAUGUAUUAUUAAAUAAGGAUGUUUUGA